AUGUUUAAUUGGUCUCACCUGACCCCCCUCACACUGAAGGACCGAUCUGUGGGACUUGAGACUGAAAGCAGAGUCGGAAGUAAGCCAUACUUCACCCUGGGGGGUCACAAGUUCCUGAUUUUCGGGGGCUCCAUCCAUUAUUUCCGGGUGCCCAGGGAGUACUGGAGGGACCGCUUGCUGAAGCUGAAGGCCUGUGGUUUCAACACCCUUACCACCUAUGUUCCGUGGAACCUCCAUGAGCCAGAAAGAGGCAAAUUUGACUUCUCUGGGAACCUGGACCUGGAGGCCUUUGUGCUGAUGGCUGCGGAGAUCGGGUUGUGGGUGAUUUUGCGUCCAGGCCCCUACAUCUGCAGUGAGAUUGACCUUGGGGGCUUGCCCAGCUGGUUGCUGCAAGACCCCAAGAUGAUAUUGAGAACAACCUACAAGGGCUUUGUUGAAGCAGUUGAUAAGUAUUUUGACCACCUGAUUUCCAGAGUUGUUCCUCUCCAGUACCACAGGGGAGGCCCCAUCAUUGCAGUGCAGGUGGAGAAUGAAUAUGGUUCAUUUGCCAAGGAUAAAGAUUACAUGCCUUAUGUUCAAAAGGCCCUGCUGGAAAGAGGGAUUGUGGAACUGCUCGUGACCUCGGAUGAUACAGAAAAUGUGCUAAAAGGCCACAUAAAAGGAGUUCUGGCCACCAUCAAUAUGAACACAUUUGAGAAGAGUGCUUUCAAGCAGCUUUCCCUCCUGCAGAGCAAUAAGCCCAUUAUGAUCAUGGAAUUCUGGGUUGGCUGGUUUGACACAUGGGGAGGUGAACAUAUGGUUGGUAAUCCUGAGGAUGUUGAGGAAACUGUAUCCAAAUUUAUCACAUCUGAGAUCUCCUUCAAUGUAUAUAUGUUUCACGGUGGAACCAACUUUGGUUUCAUGAAUGGGGCCACAUAUUUUGGGAUACACAGAGCUGUUGUCACUAGCUAUGACUAUGAUGCUGUGCUGACAGAGGCUGGGGAUUACACAGAAAAAUAUUUCAAACUUCGAAGACUCUUUAGAUCUGUCUUAGCAGUGCCUCUGCCCCCUUUACCCAAGCUCACUGCCAAGGCUGAGUAUCCUUCUGUGAAACCAUCCCUUUACUUGCCACUGUGGGAUGUCCUACAGUACUUAAAUGAGCCAGUUAUAUCUAAUACACCAGUCAACAUGGAGAACCUCCCUAUAAACAGUGGGAAUGGCCAGUCCUAUGGAUUCGUGCUUUAUGAGACUUCCAUCUGCUCUGGAGGUUCUCUCCAUGCUAAUGUUCAAGAUACAGCACAGGUGUUUUUGAAUGAGAUAAGUAUAGGACUUCUGGAUGAUCAUACUAAGAAGUUGAAUAUUCCUAAAAUCAAGGAAUGUCAACUUCUAAGGAUCCUGGUAGAGAAUCAAGGACGAGUCAAUUUUUCAUGGAAAAUUCAAGAUCAGCGGAAAGGAUUAACUGGAUCAGUUACCAUCAAUAACGUUCCCCUGAAAGGUUUUGUUAUCUAUUCUCUGGAAAUGACAAUGAGCUUCUUUGAAAGGCUCCGCUUUGCCACUUGGAGGCCUGUCCCAGAGAGCUAUUUGGGCCCUGCCUUCUACCUUGGUACCUUGAAGGUUGACUCUUCACCCAAGGACACCUUCCUGAGUCUACUGACCUGGAAUUCUGGAUUUGCAUUCAUCAAUGGACGUAACCUUGGGCGAUAUUCAAUUAUUGGACCUCAGGAAACACUUUACCUUCCUGGUGCUUGGCUUCAUCCAGAAGACAAUGAGAUCAUCCUGUUUGAGAAAAGGAAGAGUGGUUCAUACAUACAAACUACAAAUGAACCCAUGCUGAAAAUAGAAACAGCCAGCUCCUCCCUGAGACUAGGGGCAGGUGGGCGGGGGAGACCGCCAGAGCCUCCCGGGAACCUUCCGGGAGCUGGAAACCGCUCCAGGAGGCAGCCCGCCCCUCCUCCGUUGCAGGCCCCGCCCCCGCCUUCGCUAGGCCGGCGGCGCGUGGGGCGGGGCCGAAGGCCUCAGCCAAUGAGCGCCUGCGGGCCGGGCGGGACGCGGGCCGGUCGCCCGGGCGACCAAAGUGCGGCCCCGCCCCCCGUCGCGAGUGUCCCGCGCGCUGCUGAGUGCAGGUUACAGUGCUAG